AUGGCGCUGAGCAAGCAGAAGAUGUUCAUGGAUAGCUGCAUGCAGAUGGGUGGCUCCAGCAAUUUUGUAGGAGGGGGAUUGGAUAAAUUGUUGAUGGGUGUCAACCCGAGAACUGGAAAAUCAUCUCAUCUCAUAAAUGUUGCCAAAAGAUUCUUAUCUGUUGUCGACUACACAAAUCCAGUCUCUUCAGGUGGAAUGGGUUCAGGAUAUCAGCUCAUUGAGAUCAUAUCUCUUGAGGAUUUUUCCAAAUCACUGUUGUGUGGAUUUUCUCUUUGUUUGGAGAAUGAGAAUUUUGAAGUAAAUGAUGACAUUGAUGAGCUCCUUGACAAAGAUUUUACUUCUCCUGUUUCACAAGUUCAGCUUGGCGAAUCUGUGCUGAACCUCUUAAUAGGAAGUUUGAACUUGCCAGCACCCAACAUGUCACAUUUUUUAUGUGGAUUUGAUACAAAGAGGCACAUACACAAAACCAUGCUACAUGACCCAGGUAUCAACAAUUUUCCUCGAACCUGCAUCCACUCUGUAGUCUCUAUCCUCAACAGAUCCAUCGACCAACCGCUCAAGAAACAUCGUCACAUGUAUCCUCGUUUUUAUGAACUGGCCUACCAGUUUAUACACUGCCUGUGCACAGAUGUGAACACUUGCGUUCCUGUCUUGAGGUACCUCAGAUCACACGAUUUCUUGUACAAGCAAUCCAGCAAACUGCCAUUCGCUUCAGUCCCUAACUCCACUGCCAAAGCGUCGGCAUCAUUAUCUUCGUCACUGCUGGCCCAGCAGUCCUGGUUGUUGAGCAGUCUUGUUGUUGAUUUGAAGGUUUCUGCCGACAACAAACAAAGAUCAUAUGUUCAAAGAGUUAUUGAGCUGUUACUGGGAGUCGAUGUAAAGUCUUCCUCCAAGAUGUUCUUGUCGGAUGUCUGCUCUACUGAACAAAAAGACGAAAACAAGUUGCAACUGCUGUUGUCAACCAUAUCCUUAUCGUCGGAUCCUCCGCCCCCCAUCAGCCACCUCAAUGUUUUCAAUCCUUCUCAAGUACAACAAAUCUCAUCGAUGUGUGAGGUUCUCUCCAGCAAUAAUCUAACAUUCUGUGAUGUGAAGACCGUGUACAGGAUACUCAUUGAGGAAUGCUCUGGCUUGACCGGGCCGUUGUUUUCAAGAAGAGAGAAGGCACUUGAGGAGAUAAAUAAUAUAUGCUCGAAUAUUAUGCAACAAAAUGCGCACAAACGUAGCGUGCAUGCCAACAAGCAAGCAUUUCUUGCUUGGAGACAGGCAGUGGAGGUCAUAUUAACGGUCGUGCCUCUGCAACAGUUUGCCGGUGAGAAGAGACUUCAAGUUAUAUUGGACUUGUUGCAGUCAUUGUUGCACAAGCUGAUGCCUGAUCUGAACAGCAUCGUGUCGCAUCAGGCCUCGUACGUCAUCCUCAUACUCGUCGACAACCUGGCACGCUGUUUUAUCUUGGAUCAGUCAGCCAACCAGUCAUUUCAUUCUCACGGCUCAUCUUUGCAGCAAGAUAUUUCUGUGGUGAGAGGAAGAGCAAAUGAAGUUGUUGGCAUGCGAUCAGCUUUUUCAACUCUGCUGCAAACUGUUCUUGAUGGACUGAUAAGAUAUCUCCUUGGAUCAGGAUCUAAUGGCCAAAGAUUGCGAGUACAUCUCUAUGCUUCUUUGUUGUACUUCUUGGAAAUUGCCGACAAACCACAAGAGUUCCAACACGGAAUUGAUCAAGGUGUACAAAGGUUUCUAUCUCCAAAAGAAAAUGAAUACGACAAAUUAUCGAGUGACAACUUAAGCACCAUAAAAAAAUAUUCAGAGCCGUUGUUGUCUUGUUUGUGUCGGGAUAUUUGUGAUGGGCACGAUGUUACGAAGAUGCUGUCAAUGAGCGUUUUGGACAAAGUCCUGCUUAUUGACACUCAGAAGAUGUGGCUGAACGAUGUUUCAUCGUGCGGAUGCAUACAACACGUCACGAACGGCAUCAGUGCAGAUGAUCACCACCUCAAACUCAUGCUCAACCCUGACCCUGUCCCACUUAAAACUCUCUUCAUUUUUCAAUCAAAAAUGAGUCUGUUGAGUCGGAUAGCCAGGACGCGCGAAGGAGCCAACGUUCUGCUUUCUUGUGACGUCAUGUCCCAUCUUGCUGCAUGCUCCGUACUCAGCUUGAGGCCCAAACACGAAGGGGGAUAUCCUUAUGAGAACUCAGGCUUUGUGCCAUCAAUUUUGUCUCGAUACAGACAUCACAUCUUAUUUCCUAUCGUCCGUCUUUCACUCACUCUCAUCUCCUCGUUAGGUUCUGACAAUGCUGCCAUCAGCAAGGUAUUUUUGUUUGUGAUGGCUCACGUGGAAACCUUCACAAACAUAAUUUCUAUGCACCCUCAAGACAUAAGAACGAUGGAAUCACUGAAGGAGCUCCACUUGGUUGUUGCUCUGCUGUCUUCCAUAGCUCACGAAAGUAUAAUAGAAGAAGUCAUGCUGCUUGAUGCCAUGUAUGGAGAUGUGAAGAUGUGUCUCAACCGUCUCCAACGUCCUAUCAUUAACCUUCUUAAUAGAUUUUCCAUUUGCGGCGAACAAACAUCUAAUAUGAUCAAGCAGAUCAAAAACAAUCUCGUCCACAAUUAUGCUGACCACGGAGACGCCUUCUACGAUGACGACCUCAAUCCUGAUUCAACUGCCACAGAUCAAAGUUCAGAUGUCGGGCAGAAAAUAAUGACCAUUGUUGAAGAGAUAUUAUCCAACUCAUUAGCGCUCUGCAGGAGUAUCAUCAAUGAAUCCCGCUGUGAUUGGAUCGGUCGUC